GGUGGCCGUGUGGCGUUGUUAUGGAGGAGGCAACGCUUUCCCUUUAAGCGCUCGCGAGGGUUUUAUUUCACUUUGUCACUUUUUAAAAGUUUUACUCCGUGAAGGAAAACGACUUCAGACCAGCAGAGCCACCGGGAGGACGCGUUCCCUUUCCCUUCAUCCGACCUUUACUCGUCCCAACAGCCGCCUUUUCUUGCGGUGUUUUAUGCCUUUAUAUUACGGAAGGUCGAAGGUUUUCUCAUUUAUUCGCUCUUUUUUUCCCCUCCCUGCUGUCUCCUGUUAGAGGACAACGCGGACGCUAUGGCCACCAGCUAAACGCGGGCUUUUUGUUGUUAUUGUUGUUGUUGCCUAACAUGAACGACUGAGUGGACGUCGCCAUGCCGAGCCAAGCGAGCUCCCCGCCCCUAACAGCGGCUCUGCUGGCGGCGCUGUGGCUCGCCUUGGGUCGGUGCGGUGGCUCCGAGCCUCUGGGACCGGCAUGUGACAACGGGAAGGCUCACUUGGACAGAGAUCUGCCCUCAGCUGCAGCUCAUUGGGGAUGUUCAGACCGAUCCCGGCCGGAGUCUGCCCAGAGACUUCCGGGCAUCGACACCGUGCAUGACCCCCAGCCAGCGAGGCGCGUGUGCAUGGAUCAGCCGAUCGCCUACAACCACGCCAUUCCCAACAGCGGUGCAUUCAGGCCGGUAAUGGCGGAGAGCGGAGAGUACCGGUACUGUCCUCCUCAGCGGUGGCUCAACAACCUGCAGCAGGGCGCCACUGUUCUGCUCUACCAUCCCUGUGCAGCGCUCCCCGAGCGUCGCCUCCUCUCCCGAUUGGCUCGCUCCUGCCUGCCGGGCCACAUCAUCACUCCACACCCACAGCUCAGCAGAGACAUGCCCAUAGCCUUGGUGUCCUGGGGUCGCACUUUGGAACUGCCCACCAUAGCCUCUUCUGACGUCUGCGAUUGGCUGCAGACGACACGGACCGCCACAAAUAAGGCUGAUGGCAGGACUCGAACCCAGAGGUACAACUUCCUGUUGACCCGGCCAGCAGGCCUGCAGCAUCUGGAACAAUCAGCGGGGACCGAGGAUUCUGUGAGGCAGUGCUGUGAGGAGACCAUUUCCUCUCUGCUGAGAGGACCCACUGGGGCGCUGCCUCGUGUGAAGGAUGAUUUGAAGCAGAUUAAAGAGGGAAGGAAAAUUAGGGCGAUUCGAGCUGCAGUUGGAGAAAACCGGUACGCGCCUAUGAGAGCUGAAAAAAUGACGAACGACUCCAGUCACAUCAACAAAAGCAUCCCCCAAAGACCAGCAGAUUCCCAGAAUCACAGCAGCUCGCUUGGACCCGCUGUGGAUCCACUUCCUGGACAGGGACCCCCCCUGGAUCCCUCUCUGCCAACACAGACUCCUCAGUCUGAGGUGCAGAAGCAGCAUCAGGCUUUUACAUCACCGCCCACCCCUCAGGUGGCCUCACACAACCCAGAGAGUCCGCGUGACGUCAAUUCCUCUCUACACGGAGGCGGAGACUCCGUCAGCGACGGCACGAAGGGGGGAGACGCCGGUACGAGUCCCGUGGCUCAGGGCAGCGUGAAGGAUGGCGACGUGGUUGAGGUCCAGGAAAGGGAAGCGGGGCAGAACCAAAAGCACAGGGACAGGCCCCUUCCUGACAAAGCUGAGAACGCCAAGCUCAGGACGGCUUCCAGCUCGCCGGCACAGAUCCACACGCAGCCCGGCCACAACUGCUCCGACUGCACCAAGUCCUCCGGAGCAGAGAGCCGCACCGCUGCGCUGAAAACGGGCCUGCCGAGGACCCCCAGGACGGACGAGGCGGCGUGGGCCGCCGCGGCGCUGGGCUUCCUGCUGGUGCUGCUCACGCUGUCCGUUCUUCACACUCGCCUGUACCGCCACUGGAGGACCACGCCCAGCCUGUACUGGCGCGACCCGCACGAGGACUACGACAGCGUGGCGGAUGUGAUACGCAGGAGGCUGAGGAUCGCCAAGAGGAGGCGGAAACGAGGCCGGAGGAAGGAGUGCGCUCUCCUGCCGAGCUCCUCCAGCUCUGAAGAAAAUCCGUAAAGCUCCAUGACUUCCGUCAAGAACUCCUCCUGUCUGCAUGCGGGUGAAGCUAAGACUGGACCCCACGUUAUAGAUCGGACCCGUCUCCUAAUUCUCCCCGGUGUGGUUUACAGGUUCUGGGCCACAGGGGUGUGCUAUAGAGCGGGGAUGGUGCUGAAUAAAACUGGUAUUUGGGUGAGA